AAACUUGAAAACAUGUCAAAUCUAUGAACAUACUGUAAUUAUUUCAUUUACCUUUUAUAUAUGAUACUUAAUAAUUGCCCAAAUUAACGGGUCUUAUCAUUAUCAUAGUUCUCAUCGGUGACAGCUGCAAGGGUGUUUUACUUCUAGGGUUUCUUGUUCGUUUCUCAGUUCUUGUGGGUUUUCUGCAUAAAUCCAUUGGCAACAACCGCAAUGUUCAAUUUCUGGAGUACCCAUUUCCCCGUUGUUCACAAAGAAUCGCAUUUCAAUGUUGACUGUUUGGAGUACCCACUUGGUCCUUGUUCAACAAAUAUUGCAUUUCUGUGAAGGUUUGCUUCAUUUCUGUUCCUCGUUUGGAGCCUUUUUUGGGAAAAUUUUGGUUUAUAUAUGAAUUUUUGAUUUCUUAGGCUCUUCAUAUUUUGUAUUGAAACAUGGGUUGUGUUCAUGGGAAGUGUUGUAAGCGACGCCCACCAUCUUCAGAUGGUGAUGACAGGAGCUUUCAAGAAUUGGGUGCAGGUACUGGCGCUGGAACACAUAUAAUUAGGGAUGGGUUAUUAGAUAUUGUUUCUGUUCCUUCCCACAACUUCUUAUUGGAGUAUUCAAUCCUCACACAACGAGGGUACUACCCAGAAACUCCAGAGAAAGAAAACCAAGAUAGUUUCUGUGUCAAAACACAACUUCAAGGUAACCCAAAUGUCCAUUUCUUUGGUGUGUUUGAUGGGCAUGGACUAUUUGGUACCCAAUGUUCGGAUUUUGUUAAGGAAAGGUUGGUUGAAAUUUUGUCUAGUGACACUUCACUGUUGGAUGAUCCUGUUAAAGCUUAUAAUUCUGCAUUUUUAGCAACAAAUACCGAACUACAUAAUAGCUAUAUAGAUGAUUCAAUGAGUGGUACUACGGCAAUUACAGUUCUGGUUGUUGGGGAUACCCUAUAUGUGGCGAAUGUGGGUGAUUCAAGAGCUGUGAUUGCUGUGAAGGAUGGGGACCUAAUUGUUGCUAAAGAUCUGUCUCAUGAUCAGACGCCGUUCCGGAAAGAUGAAUGCGAGAGAGUGAAGCUAUGUGGUGCCAGGGUUUUAAGUGUUGAUCAAGUCGAAGGGCUAAAGGAUCCGCGUAUUCAAUCAUGGGGUGAUGAAGAGACUGAAGGUGGUGAUCCACCUAGGUUGUGGGUUCAAGAUGGUAUUUACCCAGGGACUGCAUUUACACGGAGUGUAGGCGAUAGUUUAGCUGAGAAGAUUGGUGUGGUUGCUGUUCCUGAGGUGUCAAUGAUUCAGCUUACACCUAAUCAUCUAUUCUUCGUAGUUGCAAGUGAUGGAGUUUUUGAGUUCCUAUCGAGCCAAACUGUUGUGGAUAUGGUGAGCAGAUGCACAGAUUCUCGAGAUGCAUCUUCUGCAAUUGCUGGAGAAUCAUACAAGCUAUGGUUAGAGCAUGAAAACCGGACGGAUGAUAUAACAAUCAUCAUUGUACACAUAAAAGUAAAUUCUUCAGGUGUCGAUACCACCUACAGUAGUGGUGGAGUUAAUAUGAAGACAGCUGCACUGAAGACAGGAAAAGGAAGUUCUGAUGUAUUUCGUUCUCCUUCUGGAUCAGAACUUUACCGCUCCGUGAGAAGUGAUUUUUCAGAUCUGCAGCAGCAGUGUCAACAUAUUGUAUCAACUGAUCAAAAUGCCGGGAUUGUUGUUUCAUCUCCUCCACUUCCCAAGCCUUCAGAAUUUGACUGAGCUAACAUGAGCACUUAGGAAGUUCCUCACAUUUCUCGUUUCUGUUGUCUUCAGAUGGUAAGGGGGUAAGAGAGGUUGCUGUAUCCUACUGGCAGCAGAAGCCAUUUUUUAUGUGCCCAUGCAAGAUUUAUAUUUCCGUUGCUCCGUGCAUUCAAUAUCAGUGACUACAAAUUGCACGAUAUGACCUGCAUCAUUAUGGAGGACAAGCCUGCUAACUCAACACGAAUAACAGGGUAAUGCAACAAGUUUUGGAGAGUUUCAGUGAGGUUCUGGUCGGAAGUUCGGUGUCAGAUGACUCUGAUCAUUAUUUUACCACCAUAUCUGCUAAAGAUGUACGCCAGGAGGAUAGUGAAGGUAUGCAUAAUCCACAUUGCAAGUUGGAAGAAGAGGUUUCUAACAACGUAAUCGGCAGAAAAUAGGUUUUAUCAUAUGACAAGUAUGAAGAGUAGAUUUAGUAAUGUCAAUGCGAUCAUUUUUCUGUGGUGGCAGAAAAGAGUAUAUUGUGAUUGCUAAAUGUUAUGUGAAAUAUUGGAUGGAAUGGAAUGGUUAUGUGUAUAGAUGGUGUGAGCUUAUGGUAUAGGGUU